CGAAGAAGAAAACUGUCACACCCGGGAAAUUGGAAGAUGUAGCGGAUUAUUCCCAUGGAUGUAUAAUAAGAUUGAUUCCUGUCCUGAAACUUUCGUAUAGUAAAACUGUAUUCCGCUAAAUCCUCCCUGGAGAGAGACUGACUUUGUUCUUCAGUAGAGGAUCUGGUGUUCCUGAGAAACGUUUCCGACCGCACUAAACCAGGAUGAGUUCCUCCAACUCUACUCCCUCCUCCCCCCUCCCUCUCCCCCAACCCCUCCCCUACUCCUUCCCUCUGACUCGCUGCCCUGAGCUCGACCUGUCCGUCACACUCAGCCCCGCCCCAAAGACCAGCCACACACACCGGAGGCCGAGUCAGCAAAGUGACAAAUCCCUCAAAAAACAAGCAGGAAGAAAGGGCAACAUACAGGUCUGUUUUGAAGACCAACGCAUAGAUGCACCCCCCGCCACAGCAGCCAAUCAGAGGUCAGAAGAGGAGCAGAGGAUGUCACCACGAGUGGAGACGCACGCCCCACCUCAGCAGCCAAUCAGAGGUCAGAGAAGGAGCAGAGGAUGUCACCAAGGUGUAGCCCCAAGACAACGGGUGAAGCCUCCUUCUACGGUAUCCAAUCAGGAUCCAGGUUAUCUGGAGAGGCCGGCGCUGAACACCACUCUUGCUCUGAAGGCGGAGCUUCAGUCACUGAAGGAAGCGGAGUUUAACUCCCAGAAGGCCGUUCAGGAGACUUUAGAGAGGUCGGAGAGGACUAAAGUCCUGAUCAACACCAGAGCUACUGAAGAAGUGAAUGUGUCCCGCUCUCAGCGUCUCUUCACCUCAUUGGUCUGUGUGGAGGUGCAGGAGGAUCAGCUGAUCAGCCAGGUGCUGCCUCACAGGGUGCUGCAGUCCCCCUGUACUGGCAACAGGGCAGCAGAAGGGCCUUCCCUUCACCUCUUCAUGACCUCUGACCACAUCCGACAGAAGCCUGUCCAACAAGAGGAGCCGCCCGUCAACUACAAGUCCCGCCCCUCGACUUGCUCCGCCAGCUCCACCUUUGACCUCUACAAAAGAGGGAGAUGCUGAGAGGCAGUAGAGCUGUAAUUAACUGGAAGUACUGAGGCUUUUAUUGGUCAGACUGUGUUUUAUGUAAUUGAACAAUUAUUCUAUUUUAAGUUAUUGAUUCCUGUAAAGAGCUACAUUUAAGUUUUUUUAAUAAAGUAUUUUCACACAUA